GCGGCAGCGGGCGCCGGCUCGGCCAUGUUCAGCUGGGUAAGCCGCGACGCGCGGCGCCGCAAGGAGCCCGAGCUGUUCCGCACCGUGUCCGAGGGGCUGAAGCAGCUGUACGCCGGCAAGCUGCUGCCGCUGGAGGAGCACUACCGCUUCCACGACUUCCACUCGCCCGCGCUGGAGCCGGCCGACUGGGAGAGCAAGCCCAUGGUGCUGCUGGUGGGCCAGUACAGCACGGGCAAGACCACCUUCAUCCGGCACCUGCUGGAGCAGGACUUCCCCGGCAUGCGCAUCGGGCCCGAGCCCACCACCGACUCCUUCAUCGCCGUCAUGGGCGGCGGCAGCGAGGGCGUCAUCCCGGGCAACGCGCUGGUGGUGGACCCGCGGCGCCCGUUCCGCAAGCUCAACGCCUUCGGCAACGCCUUCCUCAACAGGUUCAUGUGUGCCCAGUUACCCAACCCAGUUCUGGACAGCAUCAGUAUAAUUGACACGCCUGGCAUCUUGUCUGGAGAGAAGCAGCGGAUAAGCAGAGGGUACGACUUCGCGGCCGUCCUGGAGUGGUUCGCGGAGCGGGUGGACCGCAUCAUCCUGCUCUUCGAUGCCCACAAGCUGGACAUCUCGGACGAGUUCUCGGAGGUGAUCAAGGCCCUGAAGAACCACGAGGACAAGAUCCGGGUGGUGCUGAACAAGGCGGACCAGAUCGAGACGCAGCAGCUCAUGCGGGUCUACGGCGCCCUCAUGUGGUCGCUGGGCAAGAUCAUCAACACGCCCGAGGUGGUGCGGGUCUACAUCGGCUCCUUCUGGUCGCACCCGCUGCUCAUCGCGGACAACCGGAAGCUCUUCGAGGCCGAGGAGCAGGACCUCUUCCGGGACAUCCAGUCCCUGCCCCGCAAUGCCGCCCUCCGGAAGCUCAACGACCUCAUCAAGAGGGCCAGGCUUGCCAAGGUCCACGCCUACAUCAUCAGCUCCCUGAAGAAGGAGAUGCCCAACGUCUUCGGCAAGGAGAGCAAGAAGAAGGAGCUGGUGAGCAACCUGGGCGAGAUCUACCUCAAGAUCGAGCGGGAGCACCAAAUCUCCCCGGGGGACUUCCCCAACCUCCGUAAGAUGCAGGAGCAGCUGCUGUCCCAGGACUUCAGCAAGUUCCAGCCCCUGAAGACGAAGCUCCUGGACGCGGUGGACGACAUGCUGGCGAAAGACAUCGCGCAGCUGAUGGUGCUGGUGCGGCAGGAGGAGUCGCAGAUGCCGGCGCAGGUGGUGAAGGGCGGCGCCUUCGAGGGCACCAUGAACGGCCCCUUCGGGCACGGCUACGGCGAGGGCGCGGGCGAGGGCAUCGACGACGCAGAGUGGGUGGUGAGCAGGGACAAGCCCACCUACGACGAGAUCUUCUGCACGCUCUCGCCCGUCAACGGCAAGAUCACGGGGGCCAGCGCCAAGAAGGAGAUGGUCAAGUCCAAGCUGCCCAACACGGUGCUGGGCAAGAUCUGGAAGCUGGCCGACGUGGACCGGGACGGGCUGCUGGACGAGGAGGAAUUCGCGCUGGCCAACCACCUCAUCAAGGUCAAGCUGGAGGGGCACGAGCUGCCGGCCGAGCUGCCCCCACACCUGGUGCCGCCCUCCAAGCGGAGGCACGAAUGACCCCCCACCCCACCGGGGCUGCUCUCGCUCGGACGGCCGGACGGCCCCCGCGGGGCGGACUAGAGGCCCCCACGCUUUCCCGGAGGAAGGGAGCUCAUGCGCAAUAAAGUAUUUUUGGAGGAAUGUUCAAUGCACCCCAGCUCUGAUUUUGAGGCAAGCGCCUGGUGGGGGGAGAGUCGACCCUCUGGACGCGGGGGGGCAGGGGGGCCGCCCCUUCUCCUCCCAACAUCGCCUGUCUUCCUUUCUGCGUGUCCCAGUUCCUGGCUGGAUUGGGGGGGGCCUCCCCGCCUCACUCCCACUGUGAUUGGCGCUGCUCUGGGGCGGUCUCAGGGGUCUCCGUGGCUCGAGGGGGCCCGAAGCCGGGACCACGCAUUGACUGCAGCCCUCCAUCAGCGGUCUUGUCUGGGCUCGUGGCCCUUUCCCGACCGGAUCCCACUGAUUCGUGGGCGGCCCCCCUCGGGGAGGAGCCCCGGAGCCGGACGGGCGUCUCUCCCGGCCCCUGCUGUCCCCGCCCUCCUUCCCGCCCCUGUGCUGGGCAUGCCUCACCUUAAGAGGCCUCUGUGUGGCUCGAGGACUCGCUCGCUGGAGGGGAGGCCCGGUGCCUGCAGGUGACGCGACACGAGGGCAGAGCCUGUCCCUGAGCUUCAGAGCCGUGUUUCUGAACCGUGCGCCCGUCAGCCCCUCCGUUCAAGGCUGGCGAUUUGCUGGAAAGGCCGAAAUGGACAGUGGACAGACAGACGGUGGCCCUGGCAGCUGUGACGGAGAACUGCGGGCGGAGGAGUCGGGCGAACAUGUGACCGGGGCGCCCUCCUGGGCGCUGUGCAGCUGCUGCUCCUGCCUGGGCCGGCCCUGGUGCUGCGCACGCUGCGCUGGAAGAGGCGCCAGGAUCUCUGGCUGGCUGACGGCGCCGCGGCGUGCAGGGGCCGGGGACAAGGCGGACUUGGUGCUGCUGGGGGGCUGCUGGAGAGCCCGGGCCUGGAAUGGGUUCACGAGUCCUCGCCCUGGGGCAGAAAAGGCGGAGCGGAAGCGCUCGCAUUUUUCUCUGUGCCUGAGCUGAGUGAAGGAAGGCGGAUCGCUGCCAGCCGGAAGACGCUCUCGGUGCCGCUAAAACCUGGGAGGGGCCCGAGAGUCUGCCUGGUCGUGUGGGUGGAAGCGCUGUGAUAUAUUCCUCCGGUGGCGCAGCAUUAAAGUUGCCGUUGGUUCCAA